CGAAAAGAGAGUGAGAACGUCUUCCAUGUCCCAAAUUAGGCCUAUAUUUCCCAUCUAAACACAGCAAUGUAAAAUAGAAAAAAAGAGGUUGUCCUUGACCUCUAUCAAGGAUGGCAGAAGAGUCUCAAGGAGAUCUGUAAAAAUGAUAAUGAAUAAAUUCGCCGUGAUAAGUGAUAAUAUCUAAACGACAAUGAAGGACAAAGAGGAAGAGGAAGAGUUACUGCUGUCAGAAUACUGCUUACAACACCAGGACAGUAGAAGUUCUGACAGUGAUCAAUCAGCCUUUCAUUACCCACCUGUCCACAUGGAGACAUCACCUCGUACCAAACUUAUCGUGGACCACAGGAAGUCUAGGUCACCAUGUGGAUCACUGUAUGUCCUGGCUGCCUCCGUAAUGGCUUCACUCGGAGGAAUACUGUUUGGAUAUGAUAUAGGUAUUAUAUCUGGUGCCAUAUUACAACUAAAGGAAAAGUUCUGUCUGUCAUGUUUCGAUCAGGAGCUAGUUGUUAGCUCUAUGUUAUUUGGAGCUUUACUUGGAUCUUGUUUCGGAGGUAUGAUAAUAGACUGGUUUGGAAGACGUUUUACCAUUAUAGUAAAUGCUGGUAUCUUUACCAUUGGUGCUGUUAUAGCUGCAGGAGCCCCUGUCUUUUAUGUUGUUGUAAUUGGUCGUGUUGUAUUAGGAUUUGCUGUGUCUGUGUCAGCCAUUGCAGAAUGUAUUUAUAUAUCAGAAAUUGCUCCAGCUAAAAGACGAGGUUUAUUGGUGUCUUUAAAUGAACUUGGUAUAACAUGUGGAUUACUGAUUGCUUACUUAGUUAAUUAUGCAUGCAUAGAUAUUGAAAAUGGAUGGAGAUAUAUGUUUGUUAUUUCUGUGAUCCCAGCUGUUAUACAGGGUAUUGGGAUGAUAUUUUUACCACCCAGUCCAAGAUUUCUGAUGUUACAUAAACAACAAUCUAAGGCUGAAGCUGUAUUAUUGAAGCUAAGAGGAGGAUGUAAUGUAGAGAAAGAAAUAGAUAACAUCAGAACAGCUGUUUAUUAUGAAAAGAAUACUCAUUGCUGUGAUAUAUUUUCCAAGUCUGAUAACAUGAGAGGGAGGCUGUUUAUUGGAGCAGGUCUUGUCUUCUUCCAACAGUUUACUGGGCAACCCAAUGUUUUAUAUUAUGCCUCCACCAUAUUAGAAGCUGUAGGAUUCCACACUGAUUCAGCUGCCACUCUAGCCACAGUUGGAUUAGGUGGUGUUAAGGUUCUUAUGACAAUAGUAGCUUUACUAUGUGUAGAUAGAUGGGGACGUAGAAAGUUCUUAUUGGUAGGAGCAACUUUGAUGGGGAUGUCAUUACUAGUUCUAGGAUUAGUGACUCAUUAUGAAUCAGGACAGUCAAUAACGAAUCCUUGUCAAGAGGAUAUGUUUUGUCAGAGAUUUAAUUCAACUUCAGUAUUGUUAAAUUCAUCGUUAGAAAUCCAGACUCAUGUGACAGAAAAUGCUGUGAUAUCAAACUUUACUACAAACACAACAGUCUAUCCCAUUUUACCAUUUAAAUUACACGGAGAUGAUGCUGGAAGAGUUCUGGCCUUUACAGCUCUCCUUACAUUUGUUGCUGCUUAUGGAUUUAGUUUUGGUCCAAUUAGUUGGUUGGUACUGAGUGAGAUUUUUCCUUCAGCCAUUAGAGGACGUGCAAUAGCCUUGACAACAACUCUCAACUGGGGGACCAACUUAGUUAUAUCUGCUGUGUUUUUAGAUAUGAUAAAUGGAUUUGGAGUAUCAGGGACAUUCUUUUUCUUCAGUUCAGUAUGCAUAGUAUCAGUUAUAUUUAUAUUUACCACUGUACCAGAGACUAAAGGCAAAUCAUUAGAACAGAUCUCAGAAGAAAUGAAUAAAAGCUUUCCAUGUAAUUGUGAUAGUCAAUGUUGUUGAUCUAUAAUAUCUGGGAUGAAAGCUCGCUGUUUUAGAUGUUUACGCUGUUUUGUUGUAUACAACACAGAAUUACAUGAAAGUACAUAACAGAGAGACAUGACGUUGGAGGAUAUAACCAGGCUGUAGAAACUAUUCGUCAAUCUAUAAAACUUUCUCAAGAAGAAUAUUUUAUAUUAGUGGAUAAUCCUGAACAUUUUUGUAACUUACUUAUCUGCAGUUUCAAAAGAAUUGUACUGAAAAUCUUUGUCCUGUUGCUUUAUAUUACUUAUUUAUAUUUAUACAUUUAGUUUAAUUUGAUUUCAACCAUGUUUUUUUUCUUUGGGACGUAAAUCCAGUUAUUAAUUAGGAGUUAAAUUGAAUGGUACUGAUUUCGAGGUCAAGUUUGAUAUUGAUGAUUUUGCAAUUUUGCUGUUAAGGUGUUAUGUUCCUCGAUCAAUUGGAAAAAGGGACUUUAUGUCAUUUUUGUGCAAUAAAUUAUGAACCGUUCGUUUAAUAUUUUUUUUAUAUUUGAGGAAUGUCGUUUAUGAUCACAAAAUGGAGGUCAGGUUUGAGAGUGACGAUUGUUAAUUUUUCUGUUUAGUAGUUCUAAACCUUGAUCGGUUGAAAAAUGACACUUUAAGUCAUUUCUGUGCAAUAAGUUAUGAACAGUUCAACUGAUACUUUUCAUAUUUUAAUAUGUUGUUACUGAUGACAAAAUUGAGAUGAAGUUUGAUGUAGAUGAUUUUCUCUUUUGUUGUUCAGGAGUUAUGGCCCUUGAUUGCUAUAACAAUGACACUAAUAAUCCUGGUUUUCUGUCAUUUUGACAUUUUUUGUUUAGCUUCUGAAAAAACCAAGAACUUAUGUUUAUUCUUUAAAAAUUUUGACAUUUUUUUUACUUUGAUGAAUUGCUUAAAAUUGAAGUUUUGAAGAAAACAUUCUUCAUAAAUUUCUCUGUAUAGAGAUUUCCUAUUGUCAUAGGUAUACAGUGGAACAAAGAAAAAAGAAAUGACAUUUAAUAGCAAUUGUUUUUAUUAUUACAGAAAACUCUGCAUACCUUUGGUAUCAACUAUCAAACUCUACCAACAAAUCAAGAGGGGUUGGUUCAGUUCUUUAUUUAUAAAUUUCUUAUUUGUACUUAUUUUUGUUAUAUAUUUACAUAUCAUUUAAUCACAUAUCACAAAUACUAUUAAGGUUGUUUACUCAAAAGUUUGAUUAUGUUUUACAAAUAUAUUUACAGAAAUUACAAUUAACAGUUGAAUCAGUUUUGUUUUACAUAUUUUUUGCUAUGAACAUUUUUUCUUGGGAAAGGUUGAUGUUUUAAAAGUGCUUUUUGUUAUGUGAAAUAUUUUACAAUUUUAUUUUGUUUUACAGAUGAAUGUCAUUAUUUUUACAUAUUUAUAUUAUAUGAAAUAUAUUCCUUCUUAUUAGGAAUUAAACCUUGCAGAUGAAUACCACCAUUAUAUAUAUUAACAAGAAUGUGUCCAUAGUACACGGAUGCCCUACUCGCACUAUCAUUUUCUAUGUUCAGUGGACCGUGAAAUUGGGGUCACAACUCUAAUUUGGCAUUAAAAUUAGAAAGAUCAUAUCAUCGGGAAGAUGUGUACUAAGUUUCAAGUUGAUUGGACUUCCAACUUCAUCAAAAACUAUCUUGACCAAAAACUUUAACCUGAAGCGGGACAGAUGGAUGGACGAACGGAUGGACAAACAAACAGACGCACAGACCGAAAAACAUAAUGCCCCAAGGUGUUGCAUAAAAAUCUAUAAUGUAGACCAAAGACAGAGAUAUAUCCUGAAAUACUUUAUAAUGUUACUUAAUAGUACACACUAUUUUUAAAGUCAAUAUGAUCAGCAAAGUGGUGAAGAGCAAAGACGGGGAAAGAGUUCCUUGUUUGGUCUCUGGUGGAUAGUUGUCUCAUUGGCACAUCCCAUUUUUCUUUUCACAUUUAGAAUAUGCCAUUUAGCCCUCAUUAAAUAUCAAAACAAACAAAUAUUUUAAAAACUUUCAUUGUUGUUAUUGCCAUUGUGCUUUUAAGGAAAAAAAAACAAUUUAAUUAUCAUUUUAUGUAACUUAUUGAUAAUUUUACAAUUUAUGUGCAUAUCAGGUUGUACAAUUUUUGGUUUUCGUAUCAUUUUAAUUGUUUGUAUAAUUAAGCUUUAAACAUUAAAAGUUCUAAAGUAUAUUUUAUUAUUUGUAUUCUUAUCUAAUUACAACAUAUUUUUGUCAUUGCUUAUGUUUUCUAUAUUUGAGAUUUAUUUUAAAAUUGAGUGUGACAGGUUACUGGAAUUUGAUGUGAGAUUUGAACAAAUAUACUGUGAUAACUUAAAACUGUAAUUUUUUAUUUAGCUAUUUUGACAUUGUUUUCAAUUUGUAACACUGUAUAUUUUAGAUUCAAUUUAUCGUACAAGGAUUUAUGCUACUAUUUUGUCCAAAAAGAAUUUACUUUGAAAUGUGAGUAUUAUGAUAACUGCUGUGUAAAUCGUUACACAGGCUGCCUAAGAAAAUUAAUUGUUAAAUUAAAAAAUAUUGGGAUUAUAAAUGUUUGCAUUAAAUCAAAGAAAGCAAUGGAAGACACUUAAAUGUUAAAUUGUCAACUAAGUCAUCUUGUUUGGAUUUAAGAAAAAAACUGGUAAUACUGUGACAUACUCUUAAUAAUAAUUAUAAUCUAUUUGAUUGUAGUUUAAGACAUGUAAAUUUUUAGGGUAUUUAAGGCUGAAUAAUAUACAUUACUUUCACUACUUUACAUCAGUUUCUACACAAUUGUUUUUUUACAAAGAAAUAUAAACAUCAAAGUAGGAUAUCCAAUACUUCAGUUCUCAAUUGAACUCAAAACACUUGGAUGAAUUGUUUUUUGUAUACUGCUGGGGUUGACUUGGGGGUUUUAGACACUUUUUUAAAGUUUAAAAGAACGACAGUUGCACAAAUCCUACAGAGUUCAAUAAAAAGAUUACCAUUCACAGAAGAAAUAACUUUAGAUCCCAAUGCAUGGUUGAAGACAAUUCCUUAUUCCCAAUUAAAUGAAAAGUAAUAUAUUUAUUAUUUUCUAGAUUAUAUACGUUUGUAUCUUGGUUUUCAUAGUGUACAUGCAUUUCUUUUGAACUUUAACAAACUUGACUUUUUUUUAAUACCUAUUCUCUAAAUAGUGUCAUGGUACCCUGAAACUAUGAAAUCCUGAUUAUUUUUAUAUUUGAAAACAAUAAUUUUCACAUGUGUACUUUUGAUAAUUCUUUUCUCAUAUUAGUAUUUUUGUUUUGAAUCCCUUAUUGAUCAAAAGAAAUCCACUUUGUUUUAUUUUUAUGUGAAAUUAAGUUACUUGUUAUACAGCAAUGUAAUAUAUGUAUUUGUUUUAUAUUUUGUUGAAAAUCUAUUAAAAGUAUUGACAGCA